AUGUCACAGAGGAGUGGGCAGGAGGACCCAGAGCGGUACCUCUUUGUAGACCGCGCUGUGGUCUACAAUCCGGCAGCCCAGGCUGACUGGACAGCCAAAAGGCUGGUGUGGGUCCCAUCAGAACGCCAUGGUUUUGAGGCGGCCAGUGUUCGAGAGGAGCGUGGAGAUGAGGUGGUGGUGGAGUUGGCUGAGAAUGGGAAGAAGGCCAUGGUCAACAAGGAUGACAUCCAGAAGAUGAACCCGCCAAAGUUCAGUAAAGUGGAGGACAUGGCAGAACUCACCUGCCUCAACGAGGCAUCUGUGCUUUAUAACCUCAAAGACCGCUACUAUUCUGGCCUCAUUUAUACAUACUCUGGUCUCUUCUGUGUCGUCAUAAAUCCUUACAAAAACCUGCCCAUCUACUCAGAGAACAUCAUCGAGAUGUACAGGGGCAAAAAAAGGCACGAAAUGCCUCCUCACAUCUACGCCAUUUCAGAGUCUGCAUACAGGUGCAUGCUUCAAGAUCGAGAGGACCAAUCAAUUCUUUGCACAGGUGAGUCAGGAGCUGGCAAAACUGAAAAUACAAAAAAGGUCAUUCAGUACCUGGCACAUGUUGCCUCCUCCCACAAGGGGAAAAAAGACCACAACGUUCCUCCAGAGUCACCUAAGCCAGCGAAACUGCAGGCUCAGAAUUCAGUUAGUGGACCCCUGUUUUAUGGUGAACUGGAACGACAGCUUUUACAAGCCAACCCCAUCCUGGAGUCUUUUGGAAAUGCUAAGACAGUGAAAAACGACAACUCAUCCCGAUUUGGAAAAUUCAUCCGGAUUAACUUUGAUGUCACCGGAUACAUUGUUGGAGCCAAUAUUGAAACUUAUUUACUGGAAAAAUCCAGAGCCAUUCGUCAAGCCAAAGAUGAACGCACCUUCCACAUUUUCUACCAGCUGCUGGCUGGAGCCGGAGAGCAUCUCAGAUCCGAUUUGCUUUUGGAAGGAUUUAACAAAUACCGUUUCCUGUCGAAUGGCAACAUCCCAAUCCCAGGACAGCAGGACAAAGACAACUUUCAUGAGACCAUGGAGGCCAUGCACAUCAUGAGUUUUGCACAUGAGGAGAUUCUGGCCAUGUUGAAGGUCGUGUCGGCUGUGCUUCAGUUUGGUAAUGUUAUCUUCAAAAAGGAGAGGAACACUGACCAGGCCUCUAUGCCUGAUAAUACUGCUGCACAGAAGCUGUGUCACUUGCUUGGUAUGAAUGUGAUGGAGUUCACCAGAGCCAUUCUGUCACCAAGAAUCAAAGUGGGAAGAGAUUAUGUCCAGAAGGCACAGACUAAAGAGCAGGCCGACUUUGCAGUGGAGGCCCUGGCUAAGGCGACGUAUGAGCGUCUGUUCCGCUGGUUGGUCCAUCGCAUUAACAAAGCUCUGGAUAGGACUAAACGGCAGGGAGCCUCCUUUAUCGGCAUUCUGGACAUUGCUGGUUUUGAGAUUUUCCAGCUGAACUCAUUUGAGCAGCUUUGUAUCAACUACACCAACGAGAAGCUGCAGCAGCUCUUCAACCACACCACGUUCAUCCUGGAGCAGGAGGAGUACCAGUGGGAGGGCAUCGCGUGGAGCUUCAUCGACUUUGGCCUGGACCUGCAGCCCUGCAUCGACCUCAUCGAGAGACCGGCAAAUCCUCCCGGGGUUUUAGCUCUUCUGGAUGAAGAGUGUUGGUUCCCUAAAGCUACAGACAAGACAUUUGUGGAAAAACUGAUCCAAGAGCAGGGCACGCACACCAAGUUUCAGAAACCCCGUCAGCUCAAAGACAAGGCUGACUUCUGCAUCAUCCAUUACGCUGGCAAGGUGGACUACAAGGCGGACGAGUGGCUAAUGAAGAACAUGGAUCCCCUGAACGACAACGUUGCCACCCUCCUUCAUCAGUCAACCGACAAAUUCGUAGCUGAACUUUGGAAAGAUGUGGACCGCAUCGUAGGCCUGGACCAGGUGGCAGGAAUGAAUGAGACAGCUUUCGGGGCAACCUAUAAAACCAAAAAGGGAAUGUUCCGUACAGUGGGGCAGCUCUACAAGGAGUCGCUCACCAAGCUCAUGGCCACUCUGAGGAACACCAACCCCAGCUUUGUCCGCUGCAUCAUCCCCAACCACGAAAAAAGGGCUGGUAAACUGGAGCCCCACCUGGUCCUGGACCAGCUACGGUGUAAUGGAGUUCUGGAGGGGAUUCGUAUCUGCAGACAGGGUUUCCCAAACCGCAUUGUCUUUCAGGAGUUCAGACAGAGGUAUGAGAUUUUGACACCAAAUGCAAUCCCUAAAGGAUUUAUGGAUGGGAAACAAGCCUGUGAAAGAAUGAUUCGAGCUCUAGAGCUCGACCCCAACCUGUACCGUAUUGGUCAGAGCAAGAUCUUCUUCAGGACUGGUGUCCUGGCUCAUCUGGAGGAGGAGAGAGACCUGAAGAUCUCUGACAUCAUCAUCUACUUCCAGUCUGUGUGCAGAGGAUACUUGGCACGCAAAGCAUUUGCCAAGAAGCAGCAGCAGCUCAGUGCCUUGAAGGUCCUUCAGAGGAACUGUGCUGCUUACCUGAAACUACGACACUGGCAAUGGUGGAGGCUUUUCACCAAGGUGAAACCUCUGCUGCAGGUCACCAGGCAGGAGGAGGAGCUGCAGGCCAAAGAUGAGGAGCUGGUUAAGGUGAAGGAGAGACAGCUGAAGGUGGAGAAUGAGUUAGUGGAGAUGGAGAGAAAACACCAACAGCUUCUGGAGGAAAAGAAUAUUCUGGCAGAGCAACUCCACGCAGAGACGGAGCUGUUUGCUGAGGCAGAGGAGAUGAGAGUUCGCCUUCUCUCUAGGAAACAAGAGUUGGAGGAGAUCCUUCAUGACCUGGAGUCAAGGGUGGAGGAGGAAGAGGAGAGGAACCAAAGCCUGCAGAAUGAGAAGAAGAAAAUGCAAUCACACAUACAGGAUCUGGAGGAGCAGCUGGAUGAAGAAGAAGCUGCAAGACAGAAACUACAGUUGGACAAAGUAACAGCUGAGGCCAAAAUUAAGAAGAUGGAGGAGGAUAUUUUGCUGCUGGAGGACCAGAACUCUAAGUUCCUCAAGGAGAAGAAGAUGCUGGAGGACAGGGUUGGUGAGAUGACCUCACAGCUGACAGAGGAGGAGGAGAAAGCAAAGAACCUCAGCAAAGUGAAGAACAAGCAGGAGAUGAUGAUGACUGACCUGGAGGAGCGUUUAAAGAAAGAGGAAAAAACCCGCCAAGAGCUGGAGAAGGCCAAACGCAAACUGGACGCUGAGACCUCUGACCUGCAGGACCAGAUAGUUGAACUUCAGGUCCAAGUAGAGGAGCUGAAGAUCCAACUGACCAAGAAGGAGGAGGAGCUGCAGACUGCUCUGGCCAGGGGUGACGAGGAGGCCAUACAGAAGAACAACACCCUGAAGCAGGUGCGGGAGCUUCAAGCCCAGCUUGUUGAGCUUCAGGAGGACCUGGAGUCUGAGAGGAUAUGUCGAAGCAAAGCUGAAAAGUUGAGGAGAGACCUGAGUGAAGAGCUGGAGGCUCUGAAGACAGAACUGGAGGACACGUUGGACACCACAGCUGCCCAGCAAGAACUGAGGACCAAGAGAGAGCAGGAGGUGGCAGAACUGAAGAAGGCCAUCGAUGAAGAAACCAAAAACCAUGAGGCACAGGUCCAGGAAAUGAGACAGAGACAUGCCACUGCACUGGAAGAACUGUCCGAGCAGCUGGAACAGGCCAAGAGGUUCAAGACCAACCUGGAGAAGAACAAGCAGUGUCUGGAGAGUGACAACAGAGAGCUGAGCUGUGAGAUCAAGAAUCUGCAGCAGACAAAGACAGAAUCUGAACACAAGAGGAAAAAGGUGGAGGCCCAGCUGCAGGAGUUUAUGACCAAGACCACUGAGGUGGAGCGAGUAAAGGGAGAGCUGGCUGAUCGCUCAAACAAACUCCAGGUUGAGCUGGACAACGUUUCUGUUUUGCUGGAGGAGGCGGAGAAGAAAGGAGUCAAACUGACCAAGGAAGUCGAAAACCUGAACAGCAAACUGCAAGACUCUGAGGAGUUGAGGCAGGAGGAAACGCGCCAGAAGCUGAAUCUGAGCGGCCAAAUCCGCCAGCUGGAGGUGGAGAAGAACACCUUGUUGGAGCAGCAGGAGGAGGACGAGGAGGCAAGACGCAACCUGGAGAAACAGCUGCAGUCCGUGCAAGCUCAGCUGUUUGAGGCAAAGAAGAAACUUGAGGACGAUGUUGGAGCGAUGGAAGGUUUGGAGGAGGCCAAGAGAAAACUUCAGAAGGACAUGGAGUUAACCAGCCAGCGUCUGGAGGAGAAGACCAUGUCGAUGGACAAGAUGGAGAAGACAAAGAACAGACUGCAGCAGGAGCUGGAUGACCUGAUGGUGGAUCUGGACCACCAGAGACAGAUUGUCUCCAACCUGGAGAAGAAGCAAAAGAAGUUUGAUCAGAUGCUGGCUGAGGAGAAGACCAUCUCUGCUCGCUAUGCUGAAGAGCGUGACCGUGCGGAGGCUGAGGCCAGAGAGAAGGACACCAAGGCUCUGUCCAUGGCCAGAGCUCUGGAGGAGGCGCUGGAGGCUAAAGAGGAGCUGGAGCGGUUUAAUAAGCAGCUGCGGGUUGAAAUGGAGGACCUGAUGAGCUCCAAGGAUGACGUAGGAAAGAACGUCCAUGAACUGGAGAAAUCCAAGCGUAUGCUGGAGCAGCAGGUGGAGGAGAUGAGGACACAGCUGGAAGAGCUGGAGGACGAGCUGCAGGCCACAGAAGAUGGAAAACUGCGGCUGGAGGUCAACAUGCAGGCCAUGAAGGCUCAGUUUGACAGAGAUGUGCAGGCCAGAGAUGAACAAGGAGAGGAGAAGAAGAGGGCGCUGGUCAAACAGGUCCGUGAGAUGGAGGCUGAGUUGGAGGAUGAAAGGAAGCAGAGAGCUAUGUCUAUUGCAGCCAAGAAGAAGCUGGAGAUGGACCUGAACGAGCUGGAGGGACAGAUUGAAGCUGCCACCAAGGGCAGGGACGAGGCUGUCAAACAGCUCAAGAAACUCCAGGCUCAGAUGAAGGACUAUCAGCGGGAGCUGGAGGAAGCCAGAGCUUCCAGGGACGAGAUCUUCACGCAGUCAAAGGAGAACGAAAAGAAACUCAAAAGUCUGGAAGCUGAAAUCUUACAGCUACAGGAGGAUCAUGCAGCGUCAGAGAGAGCCAGGCGACAUGCAGAGCAGGAGAGGGAUGAGCUCGCUGAUGAGAUCUCCAACAGUGUUUCCGGAAAGUCAUCACUGCUGGAGGAGAAGAGGAGGCUGGAGGCCCGCAUCAGUCAGCUGGAGGAGGAGCUGGAGGAGGAGCAAGGCAACAUGGAGAUGAUCAACGACCGUUUGAGGAAAACAACCCUGCAGGUUGAAGGCCUGACCACAGAGUUGUCUGGAGAGCGCAGCACUGCUCAAAAGAGCGAGAACGCUCGACAACAAAUGGAACGACAGAACAAGGAUUUAAAGGCUAAACUGGCAGAGCUGGAAGGUGCUGUCAAGUCAAAGUUUAAAGCUUCUAUCGCUGCUCAGGAGGCAAAGAUUCUACAGAUGGAGGAGCAGCUGGAGCAAGAAGUCAAGUAAAGAGCUGCAGCCAACAAAAUCGUCCGUCGCACAGAGAAGAAACUGAAGGAGGUGAUGAUGCAGGUGGAGGAUGAGCGCCGACAUGCAGACCAGUACAAGGAGCAGUUGGAGAAAGCCAAUACACGUUUGAAACAGUUGAAGCGUCAAUUGGAGGAGGCAGAGGAGGAGGCCACCAGGUCAAACGCCUCCCGCAGGAAGCUGCAGAGGGAGCUGGACGAUGCCACUGAAGCCAGCGAGGGCCUGACACGGGAGGUGAACUCACUGAAGAACCGUCUCAGGCGUGGAGCCCCCGUCAGUGGCUUUUCUUCCAGUCGUUCUGGCCGCCGUAACCUCAACCUGGACGGCGCCUCUGUGGACAUGUCGGAUGAUGACGCAGAUAGUCGCACCAGCGACUGUAACGAGACACAGAACUCCAUCGCCGAGUGAACGCAUUGAUGCUCCUUCCUCGCUUUCCCGUUUUCUUCUUCCCUCUUCCACCCUCUCAGUCUCCCCUCUAACCGCUCUGCCCGUGAACUGCACUCAGUUUCCCCCAAGAGGUCAUCACAGUUGGCACCGCGUGACUUCAUCUCAAACUUAAGACUAAACUGGAAGAUUGGAGCAAUGUUUUAGUUAAAGUUUUGGUUUUCUCUAAAUCAUUAUAGCAGAGGAAAUCCAACCACCCUGCCCUGAUGAGAAGCCUUCAGGCCUGGCAGGGCAAACAGACAGAGCUGCCUCACUCUGUUAUUAUUCAGCACGCUGCUAGUCCUUUUUUAAUGUAUAACCGCCCUGUCCUAUCUGAUCAGGCCUGAAGUUAUAUCUGCUCAACUUCUUGAGGAGUAUGCAUAGGUACAAAGUGCUUUUCCUCUAUGUGAAUUUUUGUGCAAAGAAGGCAGAGGCUGUAGGUAACAUUUGAAAACACGCUUCCCCUCUAAAGCACCACCAGGACUUGUUUGACUCUUGUUGACUCUAGGUGUUCUGCUCUGCAGUUAUUAAAGCCAUCUCACCCCUUCCCCCCUCCGCCCUACACAUAACCUCUUUCUAAGGAGAAAUCUGGGGUCAAGUUGACGGUGGCCUCUGCACCGUCAUGCCUGCUGCUUUAGUUGCAUGAGUCUCCCUCUGAUGCACAGACUACACUACAACAACAUCUGACAUCUUUGGACAUGCAAUAACACAACAAACACAAACUAAAGCCAAAUGUAUUACUGUGAAGAAAAAAAACCCAGUAUUUUUAUUUGUGUUUUUUCAUCUCAUUUAUUAUUGAACGAAUGUCUCGCUGAGGACAAAACAAAAUAUCCCCACCUGUGAGAUCUACCAAGAUGUCUUUGUAGAUUCUAAUUCAUCCAGAUCUUGGUUUUCCAUGUCUUUCAACCAAAAGCAACUGGAUUUGUUAACUGGAUUGUAUUGAUGACCACAGCUAGACAUUUUAAUGAAAGAAUGGCACAAAGGUGUGGAAAAAUGAACAGAACUGCACAGAAUAAUGAUUUAUUCUCUUUUUAACUGGAAACCAACAUGUGAAAAGCUCUUACUGGAAGCACUCAACUGGUACUUAGUCCAUAUUUGCUCAGUUAAAUUAUUUAGUAUUAUUACUAUCUUUUCUUUUCUUAAAGUGAAUUAUCUAUCUCUGAAUUUUACAAGUCAUUUAGCACUUACUGUGGUCCGUAGGUUUUUGUAGUUGUCAAAUACAUAAAACAUAAGGAUCCAAACUUCCAUCUUUCAGCACAAAUUUUACUAUUAAAUACUCUUUAAUGCGGCUGUGAUUUUUCUGUUUUUCAAACAAACAGAAGUAUUUUUGUUUAAGUUUUGUUUUCUCUUUUUUUUUGCAACAUGAAAGAAAGUGAAGUGUCAUUUAAUCUUUAUUCAUCUGUGGUCAUGUUGAAUUACGUUCUUGCAGGUUACCUGGAUUAGGAAACAGGUAAGAAUAUCUCACUAGCUCUACUUGCACUGGCAGUUCAUCAGCACAUGGAACUUUAGACUUUAAGUUUAAAUAAGUCAAAGCAGUUUCCUGCUUUUUUGAUCAUUUGCCUUUCAUGCAUGGUUUAUGGUGUAAGUGGUUACACAUUAAUACAAUGUGUUUCAGAAAUAAAACAAUAUUCUAAUUGUAAAAGGACAAAAUGAAAGAUGUCAGAGAUGGUUUUGCCACCGUUUUUUAAGGUAAAGUGUUUGGGUUUUUUUGUGUAAGAUUAAAUUUCCUUCUUUUUUGAAAGAAACUACAGCCAAUUGACCUAAUUAUACCACUACAGUGUAGAAGGGGGGAAAGACAGCAAGGUACUAUUAUCUUUCAUUUCUGCCUUUAUUGUUAUUUUUCCUUUUAUUUCAUGCACAGAUGAAGCUGGUCGUUUGUGACUCACUCUGCCCUUCUCAAAUGUGAAUGAGGUGGCAAAGAUUUUGUUGCAGAUGUGGGAGUAACACCUAAUGGGAUAAAACUGGUACCUUUUAUUAUAAUCCCCAUUUUUUGUGUUGUAAUCUUGCUGAGCUUCAUAUCAUUAUCCACUUUGUACUUCUACGUUGAUAAUGGCUACCAAGCUAAGCCAAGUGUUCACAGUUUGUGUUACAGUAUUAUAAUUAACCACCUGAAACACUAGAGCCAUUGGCAGCUGCAUGUCCCAUAAUUAUUUCUCAACAAAACCAUGUAUUUCCACAAUAACCAUUCAAAGAAAAGUGUUGAACUUUAUAUUUGGGAAAUGAUGCACCACUGAGGGUCUGGUGUGGUCAGGAGCUUUGACAUCUACAAGUAUUAACUCACUUUUAUUAUUAAUAUUAUUAUCCAUCCGGCUACUGCCAGGCAUUCUAUUGCAAAUACACCCAUCCUAUUAUUUCUUGUAAACCUGACUUUCUAGGUGGUAUUGAGUUUUGUUUUGUUUUUGUAAAAUGAAAAUAAAGCAUAUUCAUUGUAGCUGUAGAGGUUUUUUAAAAAAGAGUUGAAUACGUGAAC